AGUUGGGUUGCAACAGGAAUUCUGAAUGGACUCGAUCUGGACUUAACUCGAGGCACUGGUUUAUGCUCUACACUCCCCCUCUCCCCAAAACCCUUGUGUUUGGAAAUUGUUUCUUCUUCUUUCUCCCACGCCUGGAUCCUUAGCUGCUGUGCUGAAGCGGGCAGGAAAAAGUUUGUGGUGACACGCUGGUUUCCGUCUCCCCCCUUAUUAUUUUUUUUUUUAAACGCCAUCCGAACAAACUUGUCCCGGUUCUGCUGGCUGCUCUGUAGAGCACCCCCCGCCCUUUGGCAGAAAGUAUUUCGCUGGCGGCGAUGGGGGUCACGGCCGCCGACUUCUCCCCCCGGGGCUGGGGGUUCGACGCGACGUUUUUAAGCGCCUGAAUAUGGAAUAAAACAGACGAGGAUCGCUUUGCCUUCGCCCCGUCCUCCCCCGGGUCCGGGAGCCUGCCUGCGCCGCUUCGCUUCAUCCCGUACACACGCCUGCUACAAGGGAACAGCAGAUCGCUUACUCGGAGCCUUUUCAGACGAGGAGAAACAGCAGCUACUGGGCGUAAGCAAAUACUUCUUGGGGUUUAAGGUGCUGCUUUCAGUCCAUGUUUGUAUAGAGGAGCUCAGAUGGGAUUGAAGUCCACAUGGAGGCAUGGAAAAGGACCAGGGACUUGCACUAAGAAGAUGGUAAACUGGGAUUCAUGUUGCCUUAUUUGCCUGGUGAUGGUCACCAUGGCUGGAUUUUCAUUGGCUCGGCCAUCUUACAACUUAGUUGGCGAAGACACAACUUUGGGACCUGAAGAGCCACCAACCAAAUAUCAGAUCUCACAGCCUGAUGUAUAUUCUGUACUUCCGGGAGACCCUUUGAACUUGAAUUGUCCACUGAAAGAUGCCAUCAAGAUCAGUUGGACUAAAAAUGGGGUCCAUUUGGUGCCCAACAAUCGAACAUUUAUGACUGGGGAUUACUUGCGGAUUAAAGAUGCCACACCCAAAGAUUCAGGCAUUUAUGCUUGCACUGCUGUUAGGACUUUAGACAGUGAUACCAUCUACUUCAUUAUUAAUGUUACAGAUGUUCUUUCAUCUGGAGAUGAUGAAGAUGACACCGAUGGCUCUGAGGAUUUUGUGAAUGACAACAACCAAAUCAGAGCACCUAAAUGGACACAAACGGAAAAGAUGGAGAAGCGGUUACAUGCAGUCCCAGCAGCGAACACUGUAAAAUUCCGUUGUCCAGCUACAGGAAACCCACCACCUACCAUGAGAUGGCUAAAAAAUGGAAAAGAAUUUAAGCAAGAACAUCGUAUUGGUGGAUACAAGGUACGAAAUCAGCAUUGGAGUCUUAUAAUGGAGAGUGUGGUCCCAUCAGACAAAGGAAAUUAUACCUGUAUAGUGGAAAAUAUACAUGGGUCGAUCAAUCAUACAUAUCAUCUUGAUGUUGUUGAACGAUCACCACACAGGCCCAUUCUACAAGCUGGCCUACCAGCAAAUACCUCAGCAGUUGUCGGAGGCGAUGCAGAGUUUGUCUGCAAAGUCUACAGUGAUGCUCAGCCUCAUAUCCAGUGGAUAAAGCACAUAGAAAAGAAUGGAAGUAAACAUGAUGCAGAAGGAAUCCCGUAUCUGAAAGUUCUUAAGGCUGCCGGUGUUAACACCACGGACAAAGAGAUUGAGGUUCUCUAUAUACGGAAUGUAACUUUUGAGGAUGCUGGGGAGUAUACAUGCUUGGCGGGUAAUUCUAUUGGGAUAUCCUUUCACUCUGCAUGGUUGACAGUUCUGCCAGCUCCUAUAGAAGACAGGCCAUAUCCAACAUCCCCAGACUACCUGGAAAUAGCCAUCUACUGUGUAGGUGUCUUCUUGAUUAUCUGUAUGGUGGCAACAGUCAUCCUGUGCCGAAUGAAAACCACCACGAAGAAGCCAGACUUCAGCAGCCAACCAGCUGUGCACAAGCUGACUAAGCGCAUUCCACUUCGCAGACAGGUGUCUGCAGACUCUAGUUCUUCCAUGAACUCUAACACACCAUUGGUGAGGAUAACCACACGUCUCUCCUCCAAUACUGAUGCUCCAAUGUUGGCUGGAGUUUCCGAGUAUGAACUGCCAGAAGAUCCAAAAUGGGAGUUCCCCAGAGAUAAGUUAACACUAGGGAAGCCCCUUGGGGAAGGAUGCUUUGGUCAAGUUGUCAUGGCAGAAGCAGUGGGAAUUGACAAAGACAGACCAAAAGAAGCCGUUACUGUGGCAGUGAAAAUGUUGAAAGAUGAUGCUACAGAAAAAGACCUGUCUGACCUGGUGUCUGAAAUGGAGAUGAUGAAGAUGAUUGGGAGGCACAAAAAUAUUAUCAAUCUUCUUGGGGCAUGCACUCAGGAUGGGCCCUUGUAUGUACUUGUGGAAUAUGCUUCCAAAGGGAAUUUACGCGAGUACCUGAGAGCCCGGCGACCACCAGGAAUGGAAUAUUCAUUUGAUAUUAACCGGGUACCUGAAGAGCAGAUGACAUUUAAAGACUUAGUUUCAUGUACAUAUCAGUUGGCAAGAGGCAUGGAAUACCUGGCAUCACAAAAAUGCAUCCAUCGAGAUUUAGCAGCAAGGAAUGUUUUGGUAACUGAAAAUAAUGUCAUGAAAAUAGCUGACUUUGGGUUGGCCAGAGAUAUCAACAAUAUAGAUUAUUAUAAAAAGACUACUAAUGGCCGGCUGCCUGUAAAGUGGAUGGCACCAGAAGCUCUAUUUGACCGAGUUUACACACAUCAAAGUGAUGUAUGGUCAUUUGGUGUGCUCAUGUGGGAGAUCUUCACUUUAGGAGGAUCGCCAUACCCAGGAAUCCCAGUAGAAGAGCUUUUCAAGCUGCUUAAAGAAGGGCACAGAAUGGACAAGCCUGCCAAUUGCACCAAUGAACUCUACAUGAUGAUGAGAGAUUGUUGGCAUGCAGUUCCUUCACAGAGACCAACUUUUAAGCAGCUUGUAGAAGACUUGGAUCGAAUCCUCACUCUCACAACUAAUGAGGAAUAUUUAGACCUCAGUGGACCACUGGAACAGUAUUCACCUAGUUAUCCAGACACUAGGAGUUCGUGUUCUUCAGGUGACGACUCUGUUUUUUCUCCUGAUCCAAUGCCUUAUGAACCUUGUCUUCCUAAAUAUCAACACAUAAACGGCAGUGUUAAAACAUGAAAAGAACCUUUCUUUAUCCCAAAUGGAAUAAGGGAACAAGAAUAUUCAUCUACCUACCAUGUGAAAACAGAGCCUUUCUUCAGACACAUAAGAUUUUUGUUUGUACAUAUGAAAUGUAGGGACUAAAACAAAACAAAACAUUGGCCAAAAUGUUUUCAGAACAUGUGGAAAUAAUUCUGUGCAUUGAAACUCCAAACAAUUUUCAGAAGAAGAAAAAUUUUAUGGGCUACAUAUGGACACAAGUUACUAGGUCAGGUUUUGGGCCUGAAAGCUGCAACACAUUUUCUACAUUUGAUGGACCAGUUGGACUUGAGGCAAACACUGGGUUAUGCCUUUCUUGUUUAUUUUGUAAUAUUUUGAGAAAAUAUAUGUUGACACACACUUACAGAGCACAAAUGCAGUAUAUAGGUGCUGGAUGUAUGUAAAUAUAAUCAAAUAUGUAUAAAUAUAUAUUAUAUAUUUACAAUGAAUUAUUUUUUGUAUUGAUUUAAAAGAAAAUGGAUGUCCCACUUCACCAAGCAAAUUAGUAUCCUUUUUUAAAUAAAAUGAAAAAGAAACAGCUACAUGUAAUUGCUGUUCAUACACAGACUUUUCUAAAAAAAAAAAAAAUCCACUAUCCAAAAGUGGAAAACACGUUGCUUUCAGGGAAAAUGGUAUAUCAUUAAUUUAUUAAUUAAUUGGUAAUGUACAAAAACAAUUAAUCUUUUAUAGGGUUUGUGUUAUUUUGUAAUUUAAAUGGCAUUUCUAUGCAGGCAGCACAGAGAACUAGUGGAUAUAUUGCUCAAACUUUAUUAGUUUUCAGAGUCUUUUUUUUAAAAAAGAGAGAAAUAUUUACAGUAUAUAACUAAUUUGGGGGAUUAAGGUUUUGAUUAAUUCUGGUUUUUAAAAGUUUGGUUUUAAGUUCUUGACUAAUCUCAAUAGUCCCAUUAAUUAAAAAUGUCCUUUAACAAGGAAGUAUUUUGCUCUCUGUAUUUCCAGUUUUAUAGAUGUUUUGGUUAUCACUCAUUACUCUUCAAGGGCCAAACAGUAAUAUAGAAAGCACAAAGCACUCUUCCUAGGCAAUCCUUAUUCAUUUUGAUGAGAUUGCCCAGUGGGAUGCAUCUAAUGGCAAAGGUUGUAUUAACUCCCAAGUCCCAAAGAAAGGAAAGAUUCUUGCCUAAAUUGUGCUAUAUCUUUAUAAAAUGCCCUAGAUCUGUGUCUACUUCUUUCUGUACAUGCAUCAAAUUCGCAAUUGUUACCCUCAUUAAACUUCCAUUAAUGCUUUUCAAAUAUAUUAACUGAGCUCUAGCAUGUCUAGUGUUGCGGCGAUUAAUGAGAGCCAAAAUUGUCAUAGUGGCAAUUAACAGAAAUUCUCAUUUGGAAGCCCAUUGUCUUCUAUUCUAGAUCCAGUUCAACUUUCCAAAUAAUUCAGCUAUUUACAGGCGUAUGCACUUGUUUAUGACCAAAACUGCUACUGUAUUCCUAUAACUUGCCUUUCAGAUGAAACAGCGUGAUAUCCUCACAUUCAAAGCACCUUUUGUGCUUGUGUAGCCAUGCAAUAUGAAUGCAAUUCAUACUGACUUUACACAUUUAAAAAAAUGGGGGAUGAGGUCUAAAAAGUAUUAAAAUUGUUAAUUUUUUGUACUGACAAUAAAAAAAUCUUUCUACAGAUAUAAAUGUUAACAUUACAAAAUAAAUGUCAUGCAAUGUA